AGCUCAGUUGGUUUAGAAACAGCCCGGAGGAUUUCUACCGCCUGCUAUGACUUCUUGAACACUACCUGGGGAAAAGUCGAGGGAAAACGCUCCUCACUCUUAUUCACUUCUAUAUUCAAAUUGUCCAAUGUGAAGGGACAUUACAGGACAGAGAACAGCGCGGCAGAGGCACAGCCUGUUGUUGGACUACUUUGCUUUCACAUUUUCAAAAAGGGAGGCUACUCGGGUACAUGGAUGAGUGAAGAGGAGCUGAGAAGCUCCCCCGCUGCUUUUAGAGAGUGAGGAGGAUUAAGGCUGGAGCUCAGUGGAGGCACGACGGCACUCUCACACGGCAACCGGAGCUGGAGCCAUGAGCAGGGCGCUUACGGAGCACAUCAGCAGUAGCUUCCGAGAAGAUGCUCCUCGUCCUCCGGUACCGGGGGAGGAGGGAGAAGCGUCAUGCUACAACCCCAGCAGAUCUGCCAAAAUGAGAGCCCAGAGCAAGGUUAAAGAUUUCCCCGUCGCUGCGCCCCCCGGCUCCACAUCGCGGAGGAACGAGGAUGGUCUCGGGGAGCCAGAGGGCAGCGCGUCGCCGGACUCGCCACUAGUCCGGUGGACAAAGUCUCUGCAUUUUCUACUGGGCGACCAAGACGGCGCUCACCUCUUUAGGACCUUCUUGGAGCGGGAGAAUUGCGUGGACACUUUGGACUUUUGGUUCGCCUGCAAUGGUUUCAGGCAAAUGGACUUAAAGGAUACCAAAACGUUGCGAGUUGCCAAAGUUAUUUUCAAGCGGUACAUCGAGAACAACAGUAUUGUCGCCAAGCAGCUGAAACCCGCCACCAAGACCUUCAUAAGGGAUAGUAUUAAGAAGCAACUUAUAGAUUCUGCCAUGUUUGACCAGGCACAGACGGAAAUUCAGUCCAACAUGGAAGAGAACGCAUACCAGAUGUUUUUGACCUCUGACAUAUACCUCGAAUACGUGCGCACCGGCUGCGAGAACGCGGCGUAUAUGAACCACGGCAGUCUCGGCAGCCUGAAGCUGAUGUGCGGAUACCUUCCUCCUCUUAUGGAGGAAGAAGAGUGGAGUUGUAAUGACCUGAAGGCAAAAGCAUUAGGGUCUGUGGUUGGACUUUCUGCGAAAACCCUGAGGGCGACUGCUACCAUCCGGACAGCAGCUGAAGUGCUGGAGAAUACUUGCAGAUCCAGCCGUCGAGGAGACCCUGCCAGCCCUUACUUUGUCAACUCUGGUUAUAUUUUUGCCCCUGCCACCAGUGCCAAUGACAGUGAGAUCUCCAGCGAUGCCACAACAGAUGAUUCCAUGUCCAUGACAGACAGCAGUGUAGAUGGAAUCCCUCCAUACAAGCUGGGCACCAAGAAGCAGCUCCAACGGGAGAUGCACCGGAGUGUCAAGAUCAAUGGCCAGAUAACGUUACCCCACUUUCCUAGGACACACCGGCUGCCUAAGGAGAUGACCCCUGUUGAGCCCUCAGAUUUUGCUGCCCAGCUCAUCGCCCGGCUGGAGAAGCUGAAGCGGGAGCAGGACACCAUGAGCUCAUUGGAGGAGAGGCUGCAGCAGAUCCAGGAGGAGGAGGAAAGAGAGGAGAGCAGCGACCUCACCAACAACACCUCCCUCAACCACCCUUUGCUUCCAUCAGGCAGCCAAUGUGAGGAAGACCCUCAGGCAAUUCUGGACGAGCACCUAUCUCGGGUCCUGAAGACGCCUGGCUGCCAGUCACCAGGUGUUGUUCGACACUCACCGCGCUCAAGCUCACCAGAUCGGACAGUUGCAACAGUGUCGUCCGGCCACGGGCCUUUCUUUGGUGCUUAUCCCGGGGCCCCAAAGUUCCUGAUGACAGGCAGGCAAUCCACAAAGCACAUCCACCACCACUACAUCCACCAUCACCACGCUGGGCCUAAGACUAAGGAGCAGAUAGAGGCUGAGGCGGCUCAGCGCGUGCAGUGCCUCUGCCCUCCAGGGGGCGCCAAUUAUUCCGACUUCAUCCCAGCCCGCUGCAGCACUUUGUCCAGACGGCCAGUCAAGGCCACAGAAGAGGGUGUGUCCUCUCCCCGCCUUCCCCUCGAUGCCACCGACCGCUCUCAGAAUGUUUGGCAGUGGAUUCUAGAGAGUGAGAGACAGGGCAAACACAAGCCACACAGCACUCAAGGUCUAAAGAAGUCCAACCCACUCGACUCUAAGGCACUGCCAAGUCGGACUCACUCGUCCUGGGGUGGAGGUGGCAUCGGCAGUGGGGCUCACCUCCGUAACCACCAUCCUGGCCAUCCAUUCAUCCAGGACCCGGCCAUGCCACCUCUGCCCCCACCCAACACGCUGGCACAGCUGGAGGAGGCCUGUCGCAGACUAGAGGAGGUCUCCAAGCCACCAAAACAAAGACAUUCAACAGCAGCCAGCAGCCUUCAGAGAGACAGGAAUCAUCCAGCAGCAACUUUCCCCACUGCAGGCAGCCCUCUAGCCAGCCCUGGACUCCUAACAGACGAGUCAAAGGAGUUAGUGGUCACCUACUUCUUCUGUGGUGAGGAGAUUCCUUAUCGCAGCAUGAUGAAGACCCACUGCCUCACCCUGGGACACUUCAAGGAACAGCUCAGCAAGAAAGGAAAUUACAGGUACUACUUCAAGAAAGCCAGUGAUGAGUUUGAGUGUGGAGCCGUGUUUGAGGAAGUGUGGGAGGAUGCCACUGUGUUGCCCAUGUAUGAGGGCAAAGUCCUGGGCAAGGUGGAGAGGAUGGAUUGAAAGCCACUUCGCUGCCAACCAACCAAUGCCCUUCCCUUCCCUGCCCAACCAAAAGCUAAGCUGUCCCUAAAACGAGGAGCGAGAGACUCUGUGUAAUUAAGAAAAAACACUCUGGACAAUUUUUUUUAUUUUUUAUUUCUUAAUAUUAAGCUAAACAGAGUUAAUAUAUCCAGCACAAAAGGAGUGAUUGAAGGAAGACGAGCCAAUGAAGUAUGCCGAACACACAGGAGGUGCAGCCCCUCCCUGACUUUAUCAACCAAUCAGCCUUAGAAACAGAAGGGAAUGGCACGAGAGACUUUUAAAGACCAAUACAAGGAUGAUGAUUAUGAUUGGAGGCCAGUGGGGGAGGGGAAAGACCCCACCUCUUCUUGAAUAUAACCACUGAAGAUGUAGAUGACCGUUGUGUCAUGAUGUAAUGAGAGACUGAAGGUACGUUCACACAGGCUUCCAGGCCACGUGCGGCGGACUAGCAGGCGCUGAAGAAAAAUGCCACCAACCUGCUCUUACACUCCAACAUCAUUACAAAAACGUCUGUACAUGUGCAUAUACAUACCUGCAUAUAUGUAUAUAUACAUGUAUUAUAUAUAGAUGAUGCUUUUUGUCAUGAGUUGAAAUUUUUUAUUAAGUAUUUAUUGAAAAAAACCCCAAUCCUUUCCCCUUGUUAAACCUGUGUCCCACCCCCUCCCUGUUUCCAGCCAAUAGGCAAGCUGCUUUGAAUGUUGGGAGAAUACUGUGGUGAUAUUGUUUGUUUUUGUUCGUUAUUACUUUACACAGAGGACGUGACACUAGCCUAGCACCUCCAAUAGCCUUGUUGCCCCGUCUGACCCAAACUAACAACCUUAGCAGGGGUCUGGUCUGCGGCACAUUUCCUCCACUAUUCUAAUGGUCAAUCUGAGUCUUAUAUGCUGCUGAUAGUUUGUAAUGUUAACUUUGUCACACUAGUAUUUCCUCACCCUCAUUGUCUCCCCCUCCCUCUCUUUUCCCUCAGUCCGGCGACAGAGCUCAAUCUUUUAGUUGUGCCUUUGUUUGUAAACCAGGCAUUGCACGGGGGGAGGGAAGGGGAGGGGGGUUAAAACAGUUGCAGAUACACACAGAGAGGAGACCUGACACAAGCACAAGUCGUACCAUCUAAUAAUGGCAGUGUUUACAGCCCACACACCAAAAUGACUUGUGCUAACAAGAACCAGUUUGGGUAACUGAGAACGACUUUGAGAUGAAGUCAGCUAGCGUGUCAAAAAAACAAACACAAAGUUUUGAAAAAGUGAACAUUGAAGAACUAUGGCUCCGAUAUCCUUUGAAUGUCAUUACAGUAACAUCGUAUAUAGCACAGCUCCUGUAUACAUUGUAAUUAUGCAUUCUGAAGUAUGGAUACUGACCCAUGUGAUGCACACACACAUUGAUGAUACACACACUGUCGCUGGUGUUUUAUGAGUACAGCACCUGUGCCUACAUGGAUGCCAUACCAUGUGCUACCCUGUUUCAGGGUUUUAAUAUAUAUCCCUUGGUUUUCAGAAGGGUUUUAUGUUGAAAAGAUAUUUUUAUGCUUUUAAUAAUAACCUGUAAUCAUGUUUAUUUGUUUUGUUUUUUCACCACGGCCUUUUUUGUUUUGUUUCAUCUAAACUGUAAAUUAUACAUUAUAUAAAGAGUUUCAUUUAAAGAUUUACAUGGACCUAUAAUUAUUGUAAUUAUUGAGAGAUGUAGCCUUUAUUAAAGUUUUAUAUUUUUCAAAUGAAAA